GAAAUGUUUCAUGAUCUGCUUACAUUUUUCUUGAUAUCUUUGUGUACAGAUUUCAAGUGAUCUAGCGGUUAAUAUACAUAUAGUUAGAUAGGGAGCAACAUCUUGGCUUUCAACCGCGCUAAUUUUGUGCUCAGGUUGCUAUGGUGAUUGGUUGUCAAACUAAGAGAGCUAACUAACUGGUUAUGCUAGCUGCUAACCGAAAUAAAGAGACUGUCAUAUUCUGGGAUCUCUAAAAUAUAAUAAUGGAGUCGAGUUCAACACGGAUGUUAAGAAGACACCUCUUUGGCUGAAUCAAGAACAAAGACAAUCCAGGAGGAGCGCUUUGCCUUCCUGGCGGAGUGGUUCGACCCCAGUGCAGCACUCCUGCGGCGCUACCAGCUGCUGUUCUAUCCCAAAGACGGCUCUGUGGAGAUGUUUGACGUGAAAAACCAGCGCACCUUUCUGAGAAGGACCAAAUACGACGAACUUCACCAGGAGCACCUGUUUGUGGGAAACCGUGUGAACGUGUUCUCCCGUCAGCUCAACCUGAUUGGAUAUGGAGACCAGUACACCGCAAACAAGCUUGGCAGCAAAAAAGAAAGAACUCUUGCCAUGAUCAAACCAGAUGCAGUCUGCAAGUUGGGAGACAUUCUGCAGAUGAUAUACGACGCCAACCUGAUUGUAACCAAAGCCAAAAUGACAAAGCUGACGUGGAGGGAGGCAGCGGACUUCUACACAGAACAUCAGACAAAGUCUUUCUUCAACAACCUGGUACAGUUUAUGACCUCUGGGCCUGUGGUUGCCAUGGAGCUGUUGGGCGACGAGGCUGUCUCAGUAUGGAGGAGGAUUCUCGGGCCAACUGACUCCAGCACAGCACGGAAAGAGGCUUCUCUUAGUCUUAGAGCCCAGUUUGGCACCGAUGGCACCAGAAACGCUGGACAUGGAUCUGACUCACUGGCUUCAGCAGCAAGAGAACUGGAGUUUUUCUUCCCAUCCACUGCAGGCCAAGGUCCUGCGAACACGGCCAGUUAUUCAGACUGUACCUGUUGUAUCAUCAAACCUCACGCUAUAUCAGAAGCCCUGACGGGACAGAUCCUCAACUCCAUUUCAGCAGCAGGUUUUGAAGUAUCCGCUUUGCAGAUGUUCAACAUGGACCGAGCGGGUGCUGAGGAGUUCUUUGAAGUUUACAAAGGAGUCGUGUCUGAAUACCCUAAUAUGGUGGCUGAGCUGUGUUCUGGACCCUGCAUGGCUCUGGAGAUCCGAGGGACUGACACUCCGAAGACCUUCAGGGAGUUUGUUGGGCCGGCAGACCCGGAGAUUGCUCGGCACCUUCGUCCCAGCACGCUACGAGCUCUGUACGGCAAAACUAAAGUGCAGAACGCUGUCCACUGCUCUGACCUUCCAGAGGACGGACUUCUGGAGGUCCAAUAUUUCUUCAAGAUUUUGGAUGGGUGAAUGGUUUUUAUAAAACAGAUGAAUAGUAUUACAAGUGUUCAUUCCCAUUGCGUAUGUAUUUCAAUAAAAGACAUUUGACCACA